AUGGAUGGUAGUAUCAAAGGUUUCUGCAGCCUAGAUGUAUGUAACCUAUACGGUUCAAUUCCACUAGAGGAUAAAGAGGACGGAACACCAGGGUUAUUCUCAGUCAUAAGAGAAUUUUUCUCAAAUUUUAAGCACAAUUCCUGUCUGCAACACCUCACGGACAUGGACUUUGAAACUCUGAUACGUCUUUGUCUCACAAGUGACACAAUCCUUAUAGAUGGUAAUAGUUAUACUCAAAAGACCGGCUUAGCUAUGGGUAACAACCUGGCACCAACAAUGGCGAUCAUCUACAUGAACAAGCUAUACGAAGGCAUCCUCACAACAUUUGAUGAGCCGUUAUAUCUCAAAAGAUACAUCGAUGAUAUGUUUGUAGCCUGGUCAACAAAUGAUAUUGAUCCAACAAGACUACUCAAGAUCGCCAAUGAGCUAAAUAAAUCAAUUAGAGUUAUUCCGCAUUAG